AUGUCGUGCCCUAAAUUCUUAGGCACCCAUUUGAAAAACGAUCCUUCCCUUCUGACUAGUUUUUCUUCUCAACCCCGAUUAAUCCCAGAUGCCUCCUGUUUACGCCGCUCAUCGAAUAUCACUCAGCAGUUCACCAUCAAGGCCAAAGAUUCAGAAGCUAUAGGAAUCUUAAAGGCAAAAUCCCCUUUUCACUUGGUCGCGUUCUAUGUCCUCACGCUCUAUCAGAUUGGCCAACAAGCUGCCCUGGCUAAAACUCUCGAAACUUUCAAUCUACCUCUCUGCGUUCUCCUAAUCUAA